AUGGAUCUGCCCCAGGCUCCGGACCCCUCGCCCAGCCUGGAAGAGGGGCUGUACCCCUUCCCACUGAGCCGGAUGGGCCCAUACAUACCCAGGCCCAGCACUGAGGUAGAGGGCGAGGAGGAAGAGCUGAGGGCGGUGCUGAGGCAGCGAGAGCAGGACCUGUACCUGGCGGCCGAGCUGGGCAAGGCCCUGCUGGAGAGGAGCCAGGAACUGGGCCACCAGAAGGAGAUCCUGGAGCAGGAGCUGGAAGAGGCAUUGCAGCGGCUACAUCAGGAGCGAGUGGAACAGAGGCGGAAGCUGGAGGCUCGGGAGAUCGAGUGGGAGGAGCGACUGGCAGAGCUGGAGAGGGAACUGAGGGAGCAGGGGGCCACCCUGAGGAAGCGCCGAGAAGCAGAGUGGAGGGAGGCGAGGGAGCUGGUCCAGCACAAACAGCGGCUCGAGGAGCAGCUCGGCCAGACAAACGGGGAGCUGCAGUCUCUGCGGAACCAGCUCCAGGCCCGGGACGAGGCCUCGCAGGAUCGGACCCUGCACUCCGAGCAGCUGGCCCGGAUAAAGAGCCUGCAGGCAGAGAACCAGGAGCUGGCGGUUCGGGUACGACAGUCCCAGGACCAGACGCGGAGCCUGGCGCAGGAGAACGUGGAGCUGCGCAAACAGCAGGAGGCUCUCCAGGACCAGCUCAGCACCCUGGAGAGGGUCAGCCAGGGACAGCUGCAGCAGGUAUGUCAGGCCCAGAGAGACCUGGAGGAGCUCAGGUCAUCCAAUGAAAGCCUGAAGGAGGCCCUGCGAGAGCUGCGGGAGGAGGCAAGGGUCCGGCACAGGCCCCAACUUGAAGACUCGCUACACUCUGAGAUCCGGGCAGCCGUGGAGCCAGACACUCUCUCUCUCUCCCAUGUACAGGCAGAGGAGCUGUCCCCUCGGGGAGAGGAGGAGGAGGAAGCCCGAGGGCUGAGGCAGGCGAUCUGUGCCAGCAACCCUGACCAGGCCUUACAGCAGGCCAUCCACUCCCGUGAUGAGGCCAUUCGCAAGAAACAGGAGGUGGAACGGGAACUGCGACUGGUUCAGACAGAGAGAGAUUCCCUGAGCCGGGAGCUUCUCCAAACCCUGCGGCAGAAGGUAGAGCUCAGUCAGGAGCUGGAGGCCUGGCAGGAAGACCUACAGGUGAUCCUCACACAGCAGUUGGAGGCCCAGCAGCAGCGGGAGGUGGGGUCAGAGCCCCCCAGGGGUGGGAGAAGUCUCCUGGCUCCCAACCCUAGCCUGACCCGGGACCCCCACCGAUUCCUCUCCCUCUUCCGCAAGAGCUGA